AUGGGUGUUCAGGGCAACGACGUCGUUCUUGAUUUCUCUGGAUGCUCGGCGCUGGAGAGUCUCUGGAUGGAGGAGUGCCUCGUUUCUUCGACGGAAAUGCACUCCCCCUCCCUGAAGCAUCUGAGAAUCAAAUACUGCUUCUUUUAUUCCAACUACCGCACUCGGGUGUGGUUCCCCAACCUCCGCUCGUUCGACUUCAUUACUAAUUUCGGAAGGGCUCCAAUGCUUGAAAGAAUGCCAUACUUGGAAGCUGCAAAAGUUCGAUUUGAUCAUCAUUAUGAUGAUCGAUGUAAAAAUGGUCGCUUGGAUGAUUGUGGAAGUGCUGCCUGUAGGGGUUGUUUUAAUUACUAUGGUCCUGAUGAUUCCGGCAGCGUGUUUCUUGAAGGCUUGGCUGAAGCUACAUACUUGAAUUUGUCAGCUUAUCCUGAUAUGUAUGUUUUCAACAGGGAUUUGGAAUGGUGGCCUGCAUUUAACAAGUUAAAGACUUUGGUGCUUAGCAAAUGGUUUCUGUCUACUGAGCUCAGUGCACUGAUUUGGUUCCUCCACCACACCCCUCUUCUGGAGAAGCUUACACUUAAAAUUUCAAAGGUUAUAAUUUUGUGUGUACUGAUAACAACUCCAAUUAGAAGUGAGAAGUACCUGGCUAUUGAUGACCCUAGUAGAUUGUUAAAGCAACCAGAUGCAAAGACUGCCAACAGGUUCCAUUGCCGUGCCACAUAUAUGAAUACUAAGCAAAGGAGAUAUAUGGUGAACGAUUUAGAUGGUGGAGAUGGUCGCUCAGGCGUAAUGGGUAGAAGUGAUGUGCGAUCAUGCUUGCUAGUAACUGGAUUAACAACCCUUUGGCGACUCUCUCGAUUUGUUCUUAGCUGGCACAUCUCAUCUAGGGCAUUUUGCGUGGCAAAUUGA